UUAUCCUUUAUUCUUUUUCUUUGUGUUGUUGCUUAUGUGCUGACGUGGAUGCAUGGAUUGUGUUCCUUUCCCUUGUUAUUUCCCCCUGUUUUGGGGGGUAUGGACUUGACUGGUCCGAAAUACAGAAGAGAAUUAUGAAGGUGUAUGGCUGCAUAGGAUCCAUGAUGAGGGGGAAUCAGGGAAAAUUGACUUUCGGUGGGUUAAUGAGUAGUAAGAUGUUAUAUCAUAUACUAUUGCUGCUUUUAUUUGGGCUUGUAUCGCCUCUUUCCCUCCCUCCCUCUCUCUCUUCUCUCCCUUCCUUACUCUUCUUCUUGGUUCAAUCUGUCGAUACGAGGUAUUGUUGCAAUUUCUUUUUUUUGGUAUACUACUACUAUAUACUGCAAGGUUGGGUGUAAGGAGUCACUAUUACUACCACUAGUUAAGUCACACAACAUAUCAUCUUUCCAACCGGGAACACAGGGUUACUGCGACGGUUAUUACUCGUUGUCCAACUGCAUGGGAUCACAA